AUCAGUAAAAUCAUAGUUUUAAUCAACAAAAAUCUCUUAUGUGAGAAACUAAUAUGGGUGUUUUCAGUUUAAAGGGACAAGAUUAAAUUUAAAUAAACUUUAAUUGAUUCUAUCAUAUUUGUUUUUAUUUAAUCCGAAUGAGUUACUUUGUAACUUUUUUUUCUAAUUUUCAAAACAUUUUUUUUUAAUAUAAUAAUGAUGAUAGUGAUGACAAUUGUUGAAGGAUUUUGUGUGAUAAGUCUGAUUUUUUUAAUCAGUGUGGACUGUCAAUGCAGUUUCCCUUCUGAUUUAAUUGGAAACUGGUUGGGAGCUGACAGAGGAGAUGUAACAUUCUAUAACUCAUCGUUUAUGACGUCAUAUGAUCUUCUGCCUCACGAUGCCUUACCUGAAAGUUUGGACUUUACUUGCUUCUAUCACCAAGACAACAAAUAUUUAUUACGAUCGACAACAAAACUGUCAUUCGCUAAUUCUACCAUUAACCUGUUUCUUUGUAUAGAACUGACUAUGGUUGACAGCUAUAUUGCAUACUACUAUCAGUUGACAGAAUAUAGUCCUUACCUUACCAAUAUCUUGUAUGGUACCGUUAAUGUAAGUGUCAACCUUCAAGAUGUUUGCACAAGGAAAACAGUGGCUCGAAACUUUAUAACUUUAGUACGAAAUGGUUCUAUCGAGGAACAGAAUAUAAAUAUUACCUGUUCGACAGCUAUUCAAGCUAUUUUCACUAAUGUCACAAUUCAGCACCAUGGCGAAGCUAGCGGGUUCCACUGUAGUGAUACCACAUGGGAUGUGUGUACUGAUAAAACAAGAAUACACAUUUCGUAUAGUGGUGUAUGUGAUAAUACUGCUGUAGGAAAAACAUUCUCCAGUGGAGGAAUGUAUAAAUGUAUACAUUCAAUUGAUGAAGAUUCUGAGACUUAUCUCUCUGUUUGGAAUAUGGACGUUGGUAUACAAAAUCCGUUUAGUUGUUUUUCGUUACAGAGAAUAGGAAAUACAACUUACGCCACGGAAAAUUCAAAGUUUUGCAGCAAUACAUCAUCAUCUACAAUUACAGAACCUGGUGGUAUUAGUUUAGUACUGACGGAUCCAUCGGAGGUAUGUGAAGAUAUAACUAUUGUUACAACUACUGUAGGCAACGAUGAAGCGCCUCAUUUAACAGGACUAUUCGGACUUAUAGUAAUACCUGUAAUAAUUAUUGUGAUAGGAAUUGGAACAAUACAGUACAGAUUACACAAGGAUAAAAUGUCUAAAAGUCAGGCUGAUUUUGAUCCAUUUAGCAGUUCAACAACGGUACAUAUAGAUGUCGUUUCAAAGGCAACUUUUGAUCCGAAUAUUAUUCAUUCUGCUAGAAAAUAUAACUUCAGACCUAAAAAAUCAGCAAAUAGUCCGUGGCCAAUGUUUGAUCCGCAUUGGUCUCCAAAACAUAUUCUAACUUUAAAUCCUGCACCAAAAGUAGCUCCCUUAUAUAGUGAUGUUUUCGAUGACUAGUGACACCAGAGACUAUUUAAAGUCACAAAGAACAUAUAAAAAUGAUGGAACAUUCAUACCUGAUCUAUGUAAACAAAAACGUUCAUUAUUGGUGAUGAUAAACAUGAUUGAUAUUCAAACUGUGUGUGUAAUGGCAACCAUUUUAUUUGUCACAAAAUAAAAUUUCAACUUAUGA